AUGGAUCAAAACGGAAAUUCUCGUUCAGAAUCGUCGGUUCCACCACCACCACCGCAACAUCCAGAGGUUGCUUCUGGCGGUAACAGUCACCCUUACUCCCGAAAGGAACGCUCACCAUCACCCCGUGGUUAUCGUCGCUCAUCCUAUUCUCCAAGGCGUCGAAGUCCUUCUCCCAGGAGUGGCUAUCGUAACGGAAGAGAUGACAGAUACAGAGAAGAUCGGUAUGUUAGAGAUGAUCGAUAUGAUCGUGGAUACAGUAGAGGCGGUAGCGGAGGUUACAGAGAUGAAAGAGGCUACCCCUACGGCUCCGAAAGAAGGGGUUCGCCUUCGUCGAAUUUGAGGACCGAAGAGACGCCGAGGACGCUUUCGACAAGUACAACGGAACAAACGUGGAAGUUCAUCAAACGACGUAGUCAACUCAUCCUUAUGCUUGACCUUCUCUUUAAAGGGACAUCGGUUUGGGUAAAAAGGAUCAACACCGUAGAGACAGACAUGUCGCCAUGGAAAAUUAUGGACGCUCUGCGGACCCUUAUGCACGUGGCGCUUCACCUCUCGGUCUACGUGGAUUUAGCCCAAAUUAUAGAACCGGUGGCCGAUCUCCCAGCCCCUACCGUCGAUGAGUCAAUUUUCUAG